UGCGUGAUGCACCCAACAGUGUUUCCAAAAAGUGUGUCAGCUUCUAUUUAACACGCACGUAUUCCAUUUCCAUGUGGUGUGAUCUAGAAUCUCUGCUCUAAAUUUGGAUAUCAAAAGGGAAUGAAAGCCCUUUGAAAUAUCCCAAAAAAGAAAAGCUAGCAAAGUGAGAGAGAGAGAGACUUACAGUGACUAGAGAAUUACAAUUCUUAAUUAGAUACCCUUUCAAAGAGUUUGUGCACAUCAUGGCCACUCGAAGCCUCUCCUCUAUACUUUCAAUUUCUUCUACUAGUUCUCUACGAUCUUUGGGUCGUUACUUUAGCUGGGGAAGAGCCAUUAAUAGGUUUAGUACCUCUGUUGCUAUUGAGGAACCAAUAAGACCAACUGUUCAAAUAGAUUAUACUCAACUUCUCAUCAAUGGACAAUUUGUUGAUGCUGCAUCAGGAAAAACUUUUCCGACACUGGAUCCUAGGACAGGAGAAGUGAUUGCCCAUGUUGCUGAAGGUGACACUGAAGAUGUAAACCGUGCUGUCUCAGCUGCCCGCAAGGCAUUUGAUGAGGGACCAUGGCCAAAGAUGACUCCUUAUGAAAGAUCAUGUAUAAUAUAUCGUUUUGCUGAUUUACUGGAAAAGCACAGAAAUGAAGUUGCAGCACUUGAAACUUGGGAUAAUGGGAAGCCAUAUGAACAGGCUGCCAAUGUUGAAAUACCAUUGGUGAUACGAACAUUUCGAUAUUAUGCUGGUUGGGCAGAUAAAAUUCAUGGUCUCACAGUUCCAGCUGAUGGACCUUACCACGUCCAGACCCUGCACGAACCCAUUGGUGUUGCAGGGCAGCUUGUUCCAUGGAAUUUUCCUCUUCUAAUAUAUUGUUGGAAGGUUGGGCCUGCUUUAGCUUGUGGUAACACAAUGGUACUGAAGACUGCAGAGCUAACACCAUUGUCUGCUCUUUAUGUGUCAAAGCUAUUCCUUGAGGCUGGACUUCCUCCUGGUGUUCUUAAUGUGAUCUCUGGCUUUGGUCCAACUGCUGGUGCAGCACUUAGUAGUCAUAUGGAUGUUGACAAGCUUGAUUUCACUGGGUCAACCGAAACUGGAAAGAUAGUACUUGGACUGGCUUCAAAAAGCAAUCUUAAGAAGGUGACUUUAGAGCUUGGAGGAAAAUCUCCUAUUAUUGUGUGUGAGGAUGCUGACAUUGAUUUGGCUGUUGAGCAUGCACAUUCUGCUGUGUUCUUUAAUCAGGGCCAAUGUUGCUGUGCUGGAUCUCGCACAUUUGUACAUGAAAGCGUAUACAAUGAAUUCAUAGAGAAAGCAAAAGCACGUGCAUUGAAACGUGUAGUUGGAGAUCCUUUCAAGAAGGGGGUUGAACAAGGUCCUCAGAUUAAUGGUGAGCAAUUCAAAAAGAUCCUCAACUACAUAAGAUCAGGCAUUGAAAGUGGUGCUACACUUGAAUUUGGAGGUGAAAGAGUUGGCUCCAAGGGCUAUUAUAUUCAACCCACUGUUUUCUCAAAUGUUGAGGACAACAUGUUGAUAGCAAAGGAAGAGAUCUUUGGCCCAGUACAGUCCAUCUUAAAAUUCAAGACUCUUGAUGAAGUGAUACGAAGGGCGAAUACAACUCAAUUUGGGUUGGCUGCUGGAGUUUUUACUAAGAACAUAGACACUGCCAACACCUUGACUCGUGCUUUGCGUGUUGGGACAGUAUGGAUAAACUGUUAUUUCGUUUUUGAUGCUGCAAUACCUUUUGGUGGGAACAAGAUGAGUGGCAAUGGGAGAGAAAAAGGGAUGUAUGGCCUUAGCAACUACUUGCAAGUUAAGGCCGUUGUUACUCCCCUGAAGAAUCCAGCGUGGCUGUAAUACCUUUUAUUUUCCAAACCGAUGCUGCCAAAUAUGCAUGGGAAACAGCACCAACGGGUGGGAUUUCAUGAAUGGAAAAUCUUAUUAUUGUCUAUACAUGAGCAAAUAUCUUACUUUGCCUUGUAUGAAAAGUUCUUUUACUUGGUGGUAAUUCAAACCAGUCUCUUCAUUGCUAUGAUUUAAUUUGUCUGACACAUUAACUUAUCUACAUCUUACAAUUACUCCUUAUUUUUGUGACCAAUUAGUUGCUUCACUUUCAAAACUGGCAUGUGGAUCUCUGAAAUUUUAGACAUUCUUGUGCUUUUCUGCCUAUCCCUACAUUAGUUACUAAAAAGUAGGUGGCAGACAAGGGGCAAAGCUCUUUUUGAGAAGGCUGCUGAGGCUGAGACCAGAGUAGCGUUCCAGCUUUAAUCUUGUACUGAAACCGCAUCCACAUGGUAUGAAUACAGUCAUAUGUGUGCUUUAUAUAAUCUAUAAACAAAAGACAAAAGGAAAGAAACAUGAGGAAGAGGCUAUUUUGACAGAAGUGUUGGAAAAGCUCAGAGCGUAUGGCCGUUAACUACAAGGCUAGCUGGAGGUUCAAGAACUCCUUGACACGUUUAUAACAUACAGUAUGCUUCAUUAUUGUUCCAAAAUACAAAUUUAAAAUUGACCAUUCUAGUUUCUAUUAGAUAGGUGAUACCGGGAACAUAAUGAUUUUUGUUUUGGUAUUUAGACAGAUGGCACUUCUUAAGUCUCUACAAGAAACAUUCUUUGUAUGAUUAGGAAAUCUUAUCAGGAAUUUCUAUCUUAUGACGUGAAAGACUGUUCUGGCGUAGUUUGAGGAGCACCGGCUUUUGCCCUUGUUGAUAUCUCAAGGGUCUCCUUUAAUCUUUCAACAACCUGCUCCAUAGAUGGUCUUUCUUUCUUAAGUGACGUGCAUGAUAGAGCCAGCUUAAGUGUUAGAUCAAAAGCUUCCGUGGAGUACUCCCCAUCAAGUUUAGGGUCAGAAAACUCUGCAAAUCUGCCACUUCUGCUAUGCACCCUUGCCUGGGAAGCAAUAGCAUUAACUUAAUUAACUUUGUUCAAAGAUAAAUCAAGAGUGGUAAAGGGAAUAUGGAGCAAUGACUGACCAUUUUACUCAAUGGCAUUGGCUUCUUCAGAUUCAAAUUAAUAACUUUCUUUCCGGAGACAAUCUGUAGAAUUACCAUACCAAAGCUGUAUACAUCAGCAGAUGAAUUUACUCGGUGGUUGCUUUGGUACUCAGGAUCAACAUAUCCAUAAGUUCCUCUAACUUCUGAACUUACAUAGCUCUCACCCAUGUCAAUGACCUUAGACAAUCCAAAGUCUGAGAGCUUGGCUUCAAAGUUUGCCCCCAGAAGAAUGUUUGUUGGCUGUAAAAGGAACAAAGUUUUAUCUAAACUAACAUAGAUAUUGCAUGUCUUUUUUUCUUUUUCUUUUUUUAUCGAUUCUUAUAAUUCAGUACUAUUAUCUUUUGUAAAGGUGGGCUUUUUCUCAAGGUGCCAUUAAAAUUUCAGUGCACAUGGGGAACUAGCAGGCCUUUUUUUAAGAAAAAUAACUUCAGUAGCUUAGUUCAAUGGAAUCUUUAGAGGUAAAAAUAGAGAGUUGGUUUUGUUAUGGUCCAUAUCUAAAGUGUAGGUAUCUUCCAUAAGAAAGUAUUAGUAACAACUCCAAGGAGAGGUUUAUCAACAAAAAAAAA